ACAUUCUCCAUUUUCUUCACAUUGUGCUUGCUCCAGUGAUCCACAACUGUCAAUAAUGUCUUUCUCUGCAUCAUUGUCCUCUUCCAGGCUGUCUGGUAUCUCAGGAGCUGGAGGUGGUGGAGCCAGAUUAGGGCUUGGUGGUGCUGGAGCAGGCUUGGGGCUUGGGCUGGGGGCUGGGGCUGGGGCUAGGCUUGGUCUUGGUCUGGGCUCUGGUCUUGGUCUGGGCUCUGGAGUUGGUCUGAACUCUGGAGUUGGUCUGAACUCUGGUCUUGGUCUGGGCUCUGGAGUUGGUCUGAGCCCUGGUCUUGGUCUGGGUUUUGGUCUUGGUCUGGGCUCUGGACUUGAAGCAGGACUGGGCUUGGGUGUGGGUGGUGCAGGGUUGGCACUGGGCGGUGGUGGAGGUGCUGGAGGAGUAGUUGCAAGCCCAGCAUUUGCCAUGGGUCGCACCAUCGCAGCUGGUGGGCUAACUGCAGGUGCUGCUCUGGCUGGUGGUCCUGCUGUAGGCGCAACCAUGGUUCCCAUCCUAUCUCGUGCAGCUGAGAAAACCACACUGUCACUCCUGAAUGACCGCUUCUCUGUGUACAUGGCCAAAGUGCAUGCAUUGCAGCAGGAGAAUGCUGCACUGGAGGCUAAGCUGUCCCAGCUGACCGGUGGCACUGACAUGUCCCCAGAAUCGACAAGCACUACUACGGUGGAAUACGAGACCCAGCUGAAUGAGUAUCGCACCACUCUGCAGAACCUCACUCUUGACACCAUCAAACUGGAGAUAGAGCUCGACAAUGUGCGUGGCAUUGCCCAUGAGCUUAAGGCCAAGCUUGACUUUGAACAAGGGGUCAAGUACCAGCUUGAGUCUGACAUUGCUGCCAUGAAAAAGGACACUGAAGCAGCAACUGACCUAAGAAUCGAUUUGGAUGCAAAGCUCUCCAGCCUGAGGAAUGAACUGGACUUUGUCACCAAAACACAGGAAGAGGAGCUCGCUUCUCUGCAGUCCAAACUGGGCACCACAACCAUGGACACCUCUGUCUCUAUGAUUGAAGUGGACACUGGCAAGUCAUUUGACAUCUCUGCAGCACUCAACAAGAUACGACUGGAGUAUGAGAAAUCUGUCCAGCAGCACAGAGAGGAAGCCGAAGCCUACUACAAACUCAAGAUGGAUGAAAUACAGACUGCUAAUGUUAAGAGCACAGAGGCUGUGUCAUCUGCCAAAGCCGACACUGCAACCGUCAGGAAGGAGUUACAGGGGCUCGGGUUAGAGUUACAGGGCCUUAUAACACAAAACAUGGCCCUGGAGCAGAGCUUGGCAGAGGCUCAUGCUCAGUCCAGCGUGGGCGUGGCUGAGUACCAGGCCCAGAUCGCCAGCCUCACAUCUGCCAUUGAGGCAGCUAAAGUUGACCUUCACAAACAAAUUCUGGCCUACCAAGAGCUGUUAGACAUCAAACUCGCUUUAGAUGUGGAAAUCGCCACCUACAGGAAACUCUUGGAGGGAGUUGACUUGAAAUUGCCAGAAUCUACAGAGUCAUCCUACACUUUCUCAGGGAGUGCCCCACCCAAAACCAGCACGCCCCAGGACUCACCCCAUGCCUCCCUGGAUAGACACACUAGAUAUAUCCACAAAGCUGGCAAAGGUCGAAUUCAUGUCACAGAAUACACAGAGACUUCAAUCAUCAGUGAUGCAGACACCGAAUCCUCCUGAAUGCAGAGGGAUUGUUAGAGAGAGUUUGCUUCAUGGACAGCAAUCUCCCCUCAGUGUUUUUCCAAUAAAACUGCAUUCCACAUA